AGCAUCCCGUCCUCCAGGAGUGCGUGUUGCAGUCUGGUUGGUGAACGCGCCACGUUGGACUGAACCGACGACAUGUGGCUCCACAUCAGAGGGGGGUUCCUCACUAUGUGUUUGGCUUCGACUGCUUUGUCGAGCCUGCACCCUGAAUGCGAGUUCAUAUUUCAGCUGGAGAAGGAGGAACGCCACUGCCUUCAGUACAUUGCAGAGCACGGCAACAGAAGCACAGAAGGUUGUCGGCCGUUCUGGGAUGCAGUCACCUGCUGGCCUCAUGCAGCCGUCGGGGAAUCGGUCCAAAGAGCUUGUCCUGCCGUCUUUUCCCUUUUCAAAAACAACACAGGUUCAGUGAGCCGUAACUGCACCAGGGGAGGCUGGUCCAGACCUUUCCCCUCGUACCACGUCGCCUGCAGUGUGGAUGAUGACAUACCCGAGACGGAGCAGUCGUACUUUGCCACGGUGAAGCUGAUAUACACCGUCGGCUACAGCCUCUCUCUCGUGGUGCUGGCUGUCGCUGUGUUGAUCCUGUUGCUCUUCAGGAGGCUGCGUUGUGCCAGGAACUUCAUCCACAUCCAGCUUUUCGUCACAUUUAUCCUGAAAGCUGUGGCUGUGUUCAUAAAGGAUGCAACUCUGUUCUCGAGCGACGACACCAACCACUGCACCCUUUCCACGUUUGCCUGUAAGGUCUCUGUGGUCUUCUGUCACUACUGUGUAAUGUCCAAUUUUUUCUGGCUCCUGGUGGAGGCGCUUUACCUCAAUUCCCUGCUGCUUUCGUCCUUUUAUCAAAGCCUUCGACUCCUCUGGGGCUUCAGCCUGCUGGGAUGGGGUGUGCCUGUGCUUUUCAUCAUCUUGUGGAUUGGAUCCCGGGUGUAUUUUGAGAACACAGAAUGUUGGGACAUCAACGAGGACUCGCCCUAUUGGUGGAUCAUCAAGGGACCAAUUGUUGUGUCUAUCGCGGUCAACUUCCUUCUCUUCGUGAACAUCAUGAGAAUCUUGAUCCAGAAGCUGAAUCCUCGGCUGAUCCACUUCAAUAACUCCUCUCAGUACAGACGCCUGACUAAGUCCACUCUGCUCCUCAUCCCGUUGUUUGGGACUCACUACAUGGUCUUCAAUUUUCUGCCCGACUACUUCAACGUUAACCUGCGCCUCUGUAUCGAGCUGUGCAUCGGAUCCUUCCAGGGGCUUCUUGUAUCCAUUCUCUAUUGCUUCCUCAAUCAAGAGGUCCAAAAAGAGGUCCACAUGCAGUGGCUGAGGUGGCAGGGGCGGAGCUACGGUGUGGUGUCACCCGCUGCAAAAUGCAGCCAGAUGGACACGCCCUUCUAGUGGGAGCCUUCACCCUCCUCCUAUAGGUGUUCUGCCAACUGGACUUCCCACACGAGGACCGCUUCUGAGCAUGUCGCUGUCCAGUGAUUGUCGGCCAUGUGUGAACAUUUUCAUUCCAAACUCAACGAUAGACUUUUCAACCGGCUGCGCUCCUUCUGCCGGAUUAGAGGAACCGGUGUGAGCGUUCCACUCUGAGAGCUCGUGACAUUUUUUCACAUUUCAAUACAGAUCCAGCGAAUUUCAUAUGCAUUUCCCAUAAGACACGGUGACAACAAUUUGAGGAAGAUCAGAUUCAAGAUUUGGACUUGGAGGCCUCACCGGUCGAAGUAAACAAGGCACAUUUUGUUGAGCCGAGAGUUCAGCCGAAAGAUGAAAGAACCAUCACCUCACUAUGUACUGCAGAUGCCAAAAGUAAUAUACGAUAUAUUGAAAUGUGUUGCCUGUUGCACUUGUGAUAUCCAAAAAUGUUCUUAUGAAGCUGUAAGCCGACCGCCAAGGGACAUACAAGUGAUCCAUCACUAGCUGACAGCUCACAGGACUUGACAUUCAUAUUAUUCUCUGGUAUCAUAACAUUGUAUUACACAAUUCAUAUGAUAUCAGUCUUAUUAUCUCAGACCGUGGGAAGCACCGAUGGAUUGUAAUGAGUUGCUUUCUUUAUACUUCAAAUGUUUUUUUAUUUUAUUUAUUUAUUCAUUCCGUGUAAGGCUCAAUGUAAAAAUGUUGGAGCUUUAUGAAUAAAAAUAUUAAAGACUACUUGUGACAGUAAGCAAAGACAUUAGCUGUUUGUU